CAUUAUAAGUGGUUGUAACAGGAAGUUUCUUACUCAUGCAAGGUCUUUCUUCACUGCCGGCUCUGCUUUGACUGCAACUGCAAAUGGAAAGGUUUAAAAUCUUCCUUUUGACAGUGGCAGUGAGUGUGCAAGUAAAAUCUCAAGACAGCACUACUGAACCUCCAGUUCAGAUUCCCAAGCCCCAAAUAACUCUGAAUGUAGCUCAUAAGGUGCUGUACAAAACAGAGAGAGUCACUCUGAGCUGUGAGGUCACUGGAGGACCACCAGGGUUACAGUAUGACUGGUACAAGAACUCAGAAGAUCUUGGUGAACAUCAGCACAACAUCACUGCAAGUGACAGUGGAAAAUAUGAAUGCAAAGCAACAAAAGGAGCUAUGUCAGAAAAAAGUGAUAGUUACACUUUAACUCUAGAAGAUCCGCCUCAACCACAAGUCCGGUCUGACUGGACAGAAGCAUUUCAUGGUGAAAAAGUCUCUUUGCAGUGUGUCAUUCAAGCUUCAGAAAACUGGAAUUAUAUGUGGUUCAAGGGCCAGAACAAGAUCGUCUCCAAUGAUGAAACAAACAUACAAGGAAACACUCUCACACUCUCAGUUCAGUCCAGUCAUGACGGGGAGUAUGUGUGUCAAGCUGUGCUGCAGGACAGAAAGGUGACGACAUCAAUGAGCACACCGUAUUCGUUAACAGUCCGUGAACUGCCUCAGCCGAAAUUGUCAGUAGAGUCUCAAUGGAAAACAUUUUACCCAACUGAGAAAGUGACUCUGAAGUGUUCAGUCAAAGAAGAUUCAGAUAAAUGGGGCUAUGAAUGGUUUAGAAACGGAGCUCCACUUCCCAAGGACAAGGACAAGGACAUUUCCUUGCCUGGAAACACACUGUCCAUCAGCUCAGCUAAAGCGGUUCAUUCAGGACAGUACACCUGCAGAGGAAGACAUCUGAAGAGAACGCCAGUGACUACAGGAGAAGCUGAAGCUGUGCAACUUCAUGUUAAUGAUAACACACCAAAACCAACGAUUACAAAACAUGAGUGGUUUGAACCCUUCUACAGUAAUGAGCAAGCCCAGCUUCACUGUAAUAUGCCAGGAGAUGGUUGGGAAUACCACUGGUAUAAAGGCACAAAUCUUCGGAUCACAAAUCCAGAACUGACCAUCGACUCAGUAUCUGUCACUGACACUGGUGUCUAUCACUGCAAAGCACAGAGAGGAGACUUCUCAGUGAACAGUGAGACUCUACAAGUGACAGUUAAAGAUCCGCCUCAACCACAAGUCCGGUCUGACUGGACAGAAGCAUUUCAUGGUGAAAAAGUCUCUUUGCAGUGUGUCAUUCAAGCUUCAGAAAACUGGAAUUAUAUGUGGUUCAAGGGCCAGAACAAGAUCGUCUCCAAUGAUGAAACAAACAUACAAGGAAACACUCUCACACUCUCAGUUCAGUCCAGUCAUGACGGGGAGUAUGUGUGUCAAGCUGAGCUGCAGGGCAGAAAGGUGACGACAUCAAUGAGCACACCGUAUUCGUUAACAGUCCGUGAACUGCCUCAGCUGAAAUUGUCAGUAGAGUCUCAAUGGAAAACAUUUUACCCAACUGAGAAAGUGACUCUGAAGUGUUCAGUCAAAGAAGAUUCAGAUAAAUGGGGCUAUGAAUGGUUUAGAAACGGAGCUCCGCUUCCCAAGGACAAGGACAAGGACAUUUCCUUGCCUGGAAACACACUCUCCAUCAGCUCAGCUAAAGCGGUUCAUUCAGGACAGUACACCUGCAGAGGAAGACAUCUGAAGAGAACGCCAGUGACUACAGGACAAGCUGAAGCUGUGCAACUUCAUGUUAAUGAUAACACACCAAAACCAACCAUUACAAAACAUAAGUGGUUUGAACCCUUCUACAGUAAUGAGCGAAUCCAGUUUAAUUGUAAUAUGCCAGGAGAUGGUUGGGAAUACCACUGGCAUAAAGACACAAAUCCUCGGAUCACAAAUCCAGAACUGACCAUCGACUCAGUAUCUGUCACUGACACUGGUGUCUAUCACUGCAAAGCACAGAGAGGAGACUUCUCAGUGAACAGUGAGACUCUACAAGUGACAGUUAAAGAUCCGCCUCAACCACAAGUCCGGUCUGACUGGACAGAAGCAUUUCAUGGUGAAAAAGUCUCUUUGCAGUGUGUCAUUCAAGCUUCAGAAAACUGGAAUUAUAUGUGGUUCAAGGGCCAGAACAAGAUCGUCUCCAAUGAUGAAACAAACAUACAAGGAAACACUCUCACACUCUCAGUUCAGUCCAGUCAUGACGGGGAGUAUGUGUGUCAAGCUGAGCUGCAGGGCAGAAAGGUGACGACUGCAAAAAGCACACCGUAUUCGUUAACAGUCCGUGAGCUACCUAAACCAGAACUGUCAAUCACACCUGAAUGGAAAACAUUUUACCCAACUGAAAAACUGACUCUGAAGUGUUCAGUCAAAGAAGAUUCAGAUAAAUGGGGCUAUGAAUGGUUUAGAAACGGAGCUCCGCUUCCCAAGGACAAGGACAAGGACAUUUCCUUUCCUGGAAACACACUCUCCAUCAGCUCAGCUAAAGCAGUUCAUUCAGGACAGUACACCUGCAGAGGAAGACAUCUGAAGAGAACGCCAGUGACUACAGGAGAAACUGGAGCUGUGCAACUUCUGGUUUAUGACACAACCCCAAAAGCAGCCAUUACAAAACGUGAGUGGUUUGAGCUGUUCUACACUGAGGAACGAGUCCAGCUUCACUGUAAUAUGUCAGGAGUUGGUUGGAAAUACCACUGGUAUAAAGGCACUAAUCCUCCGAUCAUAAAUCCAGAAUUGACUAUCAACUCAGUGUCUCACGCUCACACUGGUGACUAUCACUGCAAAGCACAGAGAGGAGACUUCUCAGUGAACAGUAAGACUCUACAAGUCCGAGUUCAAGCUCGUCCACCUGCAUCCCUGACUCUGGAGACUGAACUGAGCGACAUCAUGACUGGGGAUAUGACUCUGAGGUGUAACAUCACAGAUGGCAGACAGUGGAACUACACCUGGUUCAUGAACGGACAGCAGCUCAAUGAAUCCUCAAAUGUACUCAAAGUGGCAGGAAAUGAAGAAACAAUCAAAAGUGAAUUCAAGUGCAAGGGAAGAAACGUAGUGAGACCACUGUACUCCGCUCUGAGUGACGGCUUCAUAGCCAAUAAUAUUAUAUUCAAAAGAAAGAUACUGCUGGCCAUCUCAGGAUGUCUCGUCUGCUGUAUUGUAAUCCUGAUCAUUGGAUGCAUCGUUCUAAAAAUCACCCGUAAACCAGAGGUCAAAGAAACACCACAUACGGACUUGUUUUUCUCAAUGACAGACUCCAAGAACCAAACUGCUUCACCCAUGAAGGAGUACAUUGACAGCAGUCCAACAGAGCUGGAGGAACUUCAGGAAAAAGAAGAACUGAUCACUGAUCGUACUUCAGUCGUUCAUGAGGAUGGUGUGAUUAAAGAUGAAGAAACACCGGCGUCAGAAGCCAAUGGCCUGACAUCAUUUAAAGGACGCUGAACCAUUUCGCAAGCCAUCACCAUCAUCAUGGAGUUCCUGUAUUUGCACUGAGGCACAGCUAAAUGGCAUAUUCUUAUUUUAAAAUGACUGCAUAUAGCACAGCACUUUGUGUAGUAGCAGCUGCACUUCUAAAAACUAAAAACUAGCUUGUUUAUGGUUUCUAAAAAUGUAGAACUGAACUGCAGUGUUGUGGAGACAUACAGCUGUAAAUAAAGACGGUGAAUGUAGGGGGAGAUGAAUAACAGACAGCAAGAAGUUACAAUUAUCAGAAGAAAAAAAUAUUUCUGUAUAUAUCUGCACAUACUCAUAACAUCUGAUUCAUAUUGCAAAUAUUACAACACAACAGCAUAGAAAACAAAAACUAUUGAUUUGUAAUGCAUCUAGUGGAUAAUUGUGUUAUUGUAAUUUAUCGGCAUAUUGAACAAAAGCUUUUAAUUUUUUUCCCUCUGUAUAAGUGCCUUUUUUUUAUUGAAGAUCUUUUCUUAAAAGUAUAUGUUUUUUUUUUCUUCUGCUUUCUAUUAAGAUCGUUUUAAGUGUUUUGGUUUUGGAUUAUUUACCUUUAAAUAAACAUGUUUAGUUCAA